AUGGCAACUGAAAACGCCACCUGUGACAGUUUUGAAGUCGAAAUCACCAACAAAACCAUCGUUAAAGCAUCGGGCCCUUCUCCGGGCCCACACACCAUCCGCCUCUCGAAUCUCGACCUUUUAUCCGGCCGCUUCCCGGUCACUUACAUCUACUUUUACAGCCCAAAAACCACCCAAAGUAAUAAUCACUCUAUCGGCACCCUAAUGAAGGACUCGCUCGAAAAAUGCCUCGGACAUUUCUACCCCUUCGCAGGCACGAUUAUCGAUAACGAAAUCUCAUACGAGCCCGAGAUAAGCUGCAACAACACGGGCGCCCUUUUAAUCGAGGCGCGCGCGUCAGUUUCCCUCAAAAGUUUCGAUUUUUACAAUCUGGAUCGAUCUCUUAAAGGGAAACUCGUGCCGGUUUUCACAUUAUUCCCCGUACAAAUCCAAAUCACGAAUUUCACGUGCGGAGGCUUAUCGAUAACGUUCACUUUCGACCAUGCAUUAGGGGACGCUACUGCAUUUGGCAAAUUUCUCCUCACAUGGUCCGAAAUAGCCACCGGCAAACCGAUCUCCUGCUUGCCGGACCACAGUAGGGACCUGCGGGCUCGCACCCCGCCCAAUCACGAUCAAUCACUAGAUGAAGAGUUCGUCUCGUGCACGCUCGAGGAAAUACGCAACAUGCCGACGAUUACUACUACGCUGCUCAAACGCUUGUAUUACGUAGAUAAAACGUGUGUCGAGAGAUUGCAAAGGCUAGCGAGUAGUAAUAAUAACAGGACCAAAAUCGAGGCCUUUUCGGCUUAUGUUUGGAAAGUCAUGGCGAAUGCUAUCAACGAAGAAAAGUUUAAGUCUUGCAAGAUGGGAUGGUUAAUAGACGGGCGAACGAGACUAUCGAAAAACGGGAAGUCUAUGUCUGAUUCUAAUUACAUAGGCAAUGUGCUGUCUCUAGGUUUCGAGGAGUUUGAUGUGACGGGUUUAAAAAUCGGACACGUCUCAAAAAUAGCAGAUUCGGUUCACAGAGCAAUAUCUAAAGUAACAAAUGAGGCUCAUUUUAGGAACUUAAUCGAUUGGGUUGAGAUCCACAGACCUGGAUUGAUGCUUUCAAAGAGCGUUAUCGGGCUAGGUGGCGGGCCCACCCUUGUGAUAUCAUCGGGCCGAAGCUUUCCGGUGGCCGAACUGGAUUUUGGGUUCGGGGGCCCAGUGCUGGGUACGGUGGGCUCAACCAUAGAAAGGCUUGGAGUUGGGUAUAUGAACCAAAGGCAGAGCGCGAAAAAAGAUGGGUCUUGGACAAUCUCGGCGAUCUUGUGGCCCGAGAUGAUCGAGGCCCUUGAAUCAGAUCCUGAACAUAUAUUCCAGCCAAUGAGGGUUAAUCAUAUUCAACUGUAA